CACGGCGUGGCGCAGUCGAGUCGACGCACCGCCCUGAGCCACGCACUCCUCCGCACCACCACCACCACUCACCAUGAGCGAGCGCAUCGCCGCCCUCGCCGCGCAGCUCGGCGUCUCGACGCCGCAGCUGCUCGCCAUUGCCGCCGUGGCACUGCCGCUGGCCGCCGUGCUGCUCAAUGUCGCCGCCCAGGUGCUGCUGCCGCGCGACCCGAGCCUGCCGCCGCUGGUGUUCAGCUACGUGCCCGUGCUCGGCUCGGCCGUGACGUACGGCAUGGACCCGUACAAGUUCUUCGCCGACUGCCGCGCACAGCAUGGCGACCUUUUCACGUUCCGCCUGCUGGGCCGCAACGUCACCGUGGCGCUCGGCGCCAAGGGCUCGAACCUGAUCUUCAACGGCCGCCUCAACGAGGUCUCCGCCGAGGAGGCCUACACGUCGCUCACCACGCCCGUGUUCGGCAAGGACGUCGUGUACGACGUGCCCAACGCCGUGCUCAUGGAGCAGAAGAAGUUUGUCAAGGUCGGCCUCUCGACGGAAAACUUCCGCGUCUACGUGGGCCAGAUCACCGACGAGGUGACGGGCUUCAUGAAGGGCGACGAGGGCUUCUCGGCCUUCUGGCGCGACGGCAAGAGCGAGGCGCCCGUCGACAUCUUCAAGGCCAUGUGCGAGAUCACCAUCCUCACCGCCAGCCGCACGCUGCAGGGCCGCGAGGUGCGCGAGAGCCUCGACAAGAGCUACGCAGACCUCUACCACGACCUCGACGGCGGCUUCACGCCCAUCAACUUUGUCAUCCCCAACCUGCCGCUGCCCGCCAACUUCCGCCGCGACCGCGCGCAGAAGCUCAUGAGCGACUUCUACCGCGGCAUCAUCGAGAAGCGGCGCAAGGAGGGCGGCGACUCGGCGGACCACGACAUGAUCGCUGCGCUGAUGGACCAGUCGUACAAGAACGGCCGCAAGCUGUCGGACAUUGAGAUCGCGCACAUCAUGAUUGCCCUGCUCAUGGCAGGCCAGCACACGAGCAGCGCCACGGGCAGCUGGGCCAUGCUGCGUCUGGCGAGCCGGCCCGAGUUCAUCGAGGAGCUGUAUCAGGAGCAGCAGAGCGUGUACGGCGACGGCGCCGGCGGCCUGCGCCCGCUCGACUACGACACGCAGAAGUCCUCCGUGCCCGUGCUGGACGCCGUCGUGCGCGAGACGCUGCGGCUGCACCCGCCGAUCCACUCCAUCAUGCGCAAGGUCAAGUCGGACAUUGUCGUGCCCGCCGCGCUCGCUGCGCCGGGCGCCGACAGCAAGAAGAGCGACUCGGCCGCCUACGUCAUUCCCAAGGGCCACUUUGUCAUGGCGGCGCCCGGCGUCAGCCAGGUGGACCCCAAGAUCUGGCGCGACAGCGAGACGUUUGACCCGAACCGCUGGCUCGGCAAGGGCGAGAUUGAGCCCGAGGAGCAGGGCGAGACGGUCGACUACGGCUGGGGCGCCAUCUCGAGCGGCGCCAACAGCCCGUACCUGCCCUUUGGCGCUGGCCGGUGAGUGCAAAGCAAAAGACGGGCACUGCGAUGCGGCCUGCUGAUGCCCUCUGCGUGUCUCCAGCCACCGCUGCAUCGGCGAGCAGUUUGCCUACCUGCAGCUCGGCACGAUCAUCUCGACGUUCGUGCGCACGUACAAGUGGCGCCUGAACUCGCGCUUCCCGGACCCGGACUACACGAGCAUGGUCGUCCUGCCCAAGCCGCCGCACAC